AUGGUUCUCUGUAAUUUGCAACUCAUCUCGCUCAGAGACGGCAUUUCGGUCGGCUCGUUUCUCGCCAAGCUCCGUCGGAAUAGCGUCAAGCCCGUUGUACAAGCCCGGUUCAUUCGGUGGAUGAUCUUGCCGACACAGUUGUCAGCCGGCUACCUACUAGGCAGGAAUAUUCGUUGGGAUCUUCUUCUAAUCCUGGAGGAGAACGAUGCUAUCCCGCACGAAGCACAGCUGGAUAUAGAUGCAACUUGGAGCGCAGCAAGUGGAGUCUCAUCUAAGGCUAUAUCAAAUUAUGCAGUCAUGAAUGCAGAGCUGCUUCGCCCGGCGCCUGGCUCGGUCAAGCCUCCAGAGAAACACACUGUUGAGCCAUCAAGGACUUCUCAGAAUCUUGAAAUGAGCCCUGAGUUGGACCAAUGGAUUACUGCGCUACCAGCGCCAUUAAAGGAACACCCGGUCUCAAUGUUAAACUUACUUGCCUUUAACCCCGGUAAGAAAGACCAAUACAAGCAAUACGGUGCCGAAUUCUCGGCCAAAGUCGGCUCUAAGCACGGUGGACAGGUUAAGAUUGUCGGGAGGGUAGUAGGUGGCCAAGCUCAGAGAGAUGGGUGGGAGGAAAUUGCCUUCGUACACUAUCCAUCAGUCCGACACUUUGCAUCAAUGGCAGCCAGUAAGGAUUAUCAAGAUGUCAAUCAUAACUAUCGACUCGGCGCGCUCAGGGAUACAUUCAUCUGCUGUGUCAUGGAGGUUGACGACGACAGUAAUAUUAGCAGUUCUCAUUCUACUAAAGGAAAGCUUUAA